ACUUCCAGCACAUUCACAGCUCCACUGAACUUGGCUCAUACUGCCGUUUCUCUGACAGAAGAAAAGAAGACACACACACACACACCUCCGUGGGAGAGCUCAGAUAAAGACGUGCCUUCAGUCUUGGAGUGGCGCUGUCACACACUGAUAUACAAAUACGCAUUUAGACAAAUACACAGACACAGUCAGGGAGCCACACACAUUCCCACAAAUUGACACACUCACUUCUCUCUCUCACACACAUACACACACACACACACACACAGGAGAGCAAACAGUCUCUCUCUCUUUCUUGCUCGCUCAGCUGCUCUCUCUCUCCCUCCCAUCCACACACACACACACAUACACACACCACUACAGUAUAUCAGCGAGUGACUAGCAGAGAGCCAGAGGGGAGUGCAGAAAUGAAUGUGAAGAUCCUGACGCUGGUGAUUGUGCUCUUGGUGUCUCUGCUGUGUUCUGCCAGUGCUGGUCCCAUGGCCUCCACGGAGCAUGGCAGAGAGCUGGAAGAGGCAGCUACGGUGAGAAAAAUGGUCCAGCAAAACCCUGCGAGGGGUGGUCAGACCCACAGACCAGCUGGCUGGAAGAGGAGACGCCCACGGCCACGUCUUUCCCACAAGGGGCCCAUGCCAUUCUAGAGCAAGGCACUGCUUUGAGCGCCCUCCCCCAGGUUCUGAUUUCUAUGCUCUUCCUUUGCCUGUGGGGGCCUUGCAACGAAGGGCCUACGCUUGCCCAGCCUGAAGAGUGAUGUCCAUAGCACCUGCUGGUUCUUCAAGCAACUCUGUCCACAAAAAAACCAGGACAACCGCUCACCCUCAGCUCUAGGAGGAAAUGGGGGCAGGGAAGGGGGGU